UGAAAAAUCAAAACAAACGCGAUAAGAACACUCGCGGCGCGAAAAAUUCAAUUUUGUGCCUGAAAUUGUUCGUAAAUCCAGAAAUGGAGGACGAUUACGGUGUUACGGAUUCACCCCGGAAGGGUCCCACUUUGUCUACGUCCACGUCCAGCUUCGAACCGUUCGAUGCGCACGAUCCGAACCUUUCCCGGUUGGCCACCAAGAUGUUCCAGAAAACGGGGGAGUACAUCUCCCACGAGCUGGCCUCUACCGUGGACGAUUACAAGCUGAUUGAGAACAUGAACCGGGCCAUGAUGACGAAGGUGGCCGAUAUGAAGCAGAUGUCCCAAUCAAUCGCCACCAAGAACGCCGAACUGAACCAAAAGUACGAAGAGUUGAAACCACUGCUUCAACGGAUUGACGAUAUCGAGGCAACGGUGGACAAACUGGAGGCGGCCGCAUAUCAGCUCGAUUCCUACACGAUCCGGUUAGAGAACAAAUUCAAAUCGCUCAAAGCGAACAAGCAAUGAAGUGGCGGGGUUUGCAUUAAUUUAUUUUAUCGAUAACAUACGGACACGGGCGGCAUUAGGCCACCGUCAGCCUAGAAGUAAUUUAAACACUAUCGCUAGUAUAUUGAACAAUAUCAGGGGAACUGAAAAUAAAGAAAUGGAAACAGUAAA